AUGCCCCUGAAUUGCCCUCCCUCCCCUUCCGAAUGUGGUGGGUGUGUUCUUGCUGCUGCAGCUGCUCCAGCGGGUGCUGCUGCUGCUGUUGUUGCGUCUCCUGCAGCGCCUGGGGGUGCCCGCGUUGCUCGUGCUGCUGCUACUGGAGCUCCUCGAGCGGCGGGUGCCGCUGUUGCAGCCGUUGCAGCUCCUGCUGCUCCUGCAUCUGCUACCUCUGCUGCCUCUGUCAUUCUCCCGUUCCUAGAUGUGUUGCUGCGCUGCUGCUCAUUGCAGCUCGUGGUCGCCUUCAGUGUGCUGCUGCAGCUGGCGACGCAGCUGCAGCUGCUGCUGCUGCUGCUGGUGGUGGCUCUUGUCGUGGUGGUGGUGGCGGUGGUGAUGGUGCGCAUGCAGCAAAUGGCUUGCUGCUGCAAGGUCCCCCCUGCUGCUCUGCCGGGCCAUCAGCCCGCAGGUUGGUGCUGCAUACGGCGACAGCUGCAGCACGCCCAAGUCCCGCUGCAGCUGCUCUCUGAAAAUUGCUGA